AUGGACUCCCCUCGCAGUCGGGACUCGAGCGAGCCGGCCUUCGACCCUGCGCAUCCUUUCAAGGGCGUCGUCGUCUGCUGCACGAGCAUCCCGCCGGACCAGCGAACGCAAGUAGCCAAAAAAACUGAAGAACUCGGAGGCAUCCACAAGUACGAUCUGACCCCCGACGUGACACAUCUUGUCGUUGGAGACUACGACACACCCAAAUACCGCCAUGUCGCCAAGGAACGAACCGAUAUAAAGGCCAUGGAUGCUAGAUGGAUCGAUGCAAUAGGAGAUCUAUGGAUGAAAGAUGCCGACAUUGACUUUGCGGCCCUCGAACGAGAGUGGCAGCUGAAGCCGCUGGAGACGUGCGGCCAUGUCUCCGACACAACAGAUCCAACUGAAGCUAGGCGCGGGAGCCUGUUGCUUUGUAUGACUGGCUUCGACGAUCCCGACCAACGCACAAACAUCAUCGACAAAAUCAACGCCAACGGCGGCGCUUACACCGGAGAUCUGACGAAACGAGUCUCGCACCUAAUAGUCCGAAAGCCGGAAGGAAAGAAAUACAAGGCCGCCAGAGUAUGGAAUAUUCGUACCGUGUCGCUAGCAUGGCUCGAACAAAGCAUCGAGCGUGGCCUGAUUCUCGACGAGCAGUGUUUCGACCCCGUCCUGCCCGCUGAGGAGCAAGGUCAGGGUGCAUGGAACAGAGUAACGCCAAGGAGCGCAUCCGUGGGGAAGAGAUCGAGAUCCGGUGCCCAGGAGGGUGGCCAGAGAAAGCUCAGGAAAACAGCCAGCAUGAAGCUCGGCAGCCAGCGAGACAUGCUUUGGGGAGAUAUCCUCGGCAACAAGCCGUCCGGCGAGUCCGCCGCGCCAGGAGACUCAACGGACAGAAUUGAGGUUCAAGACUCUGGCAUCCAUGAUCGAAUGGUCCAGCCUAGCCCUGACGCAGGUAUUUUCUCUACAAGCUUUUUCUUCAUGUCUGGGUUCGAGUCGUGGAAAUCCAAGAUUCUGGCCGACACCAUUGUUUCCCUGGGUGGUCAGGUUUGCGACUCCUUUCAAGAACUUUCUACCAAGGGCUACGAGGCAAGGCCGGCCCGCAGGCUCCUGGUUGUCCCGCAAGAAUCUCAGCCUUCAACGCAUCUUCAGGUUCCGCCCAAGCACGUCGACGAGAUACAAAUAGUAACUGAGUUCUUCAUCGAGCGAUGCUUGCAUAACAAAGCUUUCUGCGACCCAGACAGCCACAUCCUGGGUCGCCCGCUACCCGCCUUCCCCAUUCGCGGCUUCAAGGACAUAUCAAUCUGCACAGCGGGGUUCUCUGGUAUCGACCUGCUGCAUGUGGAAAAGGUCGUCAGACAAAUCGGUGCCAGGUUCGCAUCGAGGCUAAACGAUACGACCUCGGUGCUGGUGUGUAGAACGCUCGCGGAAACGAGAAAUGAGAAGCUCAAACUCGCAAUCGACAACGACAUUCCGGUCGUCAGCUCGGAUUGGCUAUGGGACUGCCUGACAACGGGUUACAUCGUGCCUGUCAAGGAUUACAUGUUUCCUGAACUGAACCAGCCAUCCAGUCUCCAGCCCAAGCCAAAGGCCAAAGAGACAACCAGGGAGGAAAUGAAGCAGGCUUUCCAGAGGACACGAUCUGAGCCCAUGUCUCAUGAUUCAAAGAGACCAGCGGCAAGACAUUCCACAGUCGCGGGUGGAAUCGACACCACAGCUUUCCAAGACGAUGAAGGCCGUCGGAAUCCUAUUACCUCAAACUCGAAGGAUACAGCCGCCAGGGAGACUUCAGCAGCGGUUUUCGCGCAACCCGAACGGACACCCGCGAAGACGGAGUCGACCGCAUCUUUCCAAUUCCAGACAGCCAAGACGCAUCUGGCAGACAGCUUUGGUGCGGGAACAGUAGCACCGCCAUUGGCAGACACAACGCCCAGCGGUUUGAAUGGGGAACGACCUGUCAGACAACCUGUGGGACUAGUCAGAACCACGAGCGUGGCCGACAGCCUAGAUGCUACCCCUAUUUCACCGCCUAAGACGCGUGCUCCCAUUGAGCCCCAAGGCCAAUCCGACCCGGCCGCAGAAGAAAGCCAGGCCGUGACAAGAACAAAAGAGGAUGAAGAAGCGGAGCGCAAACGUCAACGGGACGCAGAAAAGGAUGCCGAGAAGGAAGACUUGACUUCCAAAUUGGCCACCUUGAUCGAAUCGAGACCCAGCGGCGAGAAUGGCCCCGACGUAGAAGGCUCAGGCCCGCAGCAGCAGCAGACGAGACGGGCCAAACGAAUUUUCGGGCGCGCGAUAAGCAACGCGUCGGCAGCAUCUAGCGGAAGCGCCGAGUCGCGCAUGGACUCGAUGGGCCGCACGGCGGACGAGAAGCCCCAGCAGGAGAAGGAGCAGGAACCGCCGUCGACGCAGAUACAGUACCAGGACCCCGGCGCCCAGCAGCACCGAGCCAAUCUUAUGAACAAGAUGCUCAGCGUCGGCGGCGAGGGUGCUGGCAAAGCACCCCCCGCGGCGCCUCCCGUCGUUAGCCAGCCCGCCAGGAGAAAGAUAUCUACCGUUGGGGGGUUUGACUUCAGUGAUGAGGCUAGGCCCAAUACCAGGCAAUUACGACGUAAGUAA